AUGGAAACUGUCAGGGUUAAGGAGAGGUGGCAGAAUAAGAAUGUCAUCGUAACAUUUCACAGGGCUAAAGGGGUGUUGGAUCAAUUAGAGAACAAAGAGGUUGUGGAGGUAGAGAACAAAGAUGAUGAUGAUAAAAAAGAUCAUGAAGCUCCUAAAACCUUUUUUCCCAAGCAUCCUACAUUUAACAUUGUCAAGCUACAUAACAUAGGUGGAAUACCUGGUGCCUUUGUGGAUUACGAGGGCAAAUUUUAUACAAGAAGUGCUGGUGUGGCAUAAUUUGGUCAUCCAAAUAUAAGUUACGUAUAUGAAAUUUCAUCUUUAACAUAAUCAUACAAUGUUUUACUGAAAUUAAUGUUCUUUCUAACUUAUAAGAUCAUAAAUUGGUCAUAUUUUUUAUGAAGUUCAUAAGGGCAGCAAUGAUCCAACUCCUACAACAGAAACCAAUUUUUUUUUUUAUCAUUGUAAAAUCUUCCUUACACGUUAAUGAAUGGCAGAUAUUGUUGACUUUUUUAUAAUUACUUGUGUUCAACUAUCAAACUAACAUAAUCAUAAUUCUACACCAUGUUUAAACUUUCGACUAAGAUUCCUCUAACUCUUAUAUAAUAAUAAAUAACAUGUUUUUUUUUUUUUUUAAAUAUAAGAUUCUUUUAUGUAACACCUGGAAGUAUUACUUAAUUUAUGUAAGAUCUAGGGUGUUGGUGUGGACUCGGCGAGUUGGGAAUCCAACUCGUCGAGCAGAAAUCAUUUCAGGGACGUGCAGGGGCGGAUCCCUUUACGGGCCAGUGGGGGCCAUGACCUCCCCGCUUUUCAGCCUAAUUAUAAGUAAAUUUAAAUUAUUUCUUGCAUAUUAAAAAAAAAAAAAAAGUUUUGGAGAGAUUUGAAAUGAACUGGACAACAGAAAAAUAAAAACAAGAAGUUUUGUGAAUAACUAAAAAACCUAAUUUGAAGGAAAUGAAUACACCAAAAAGGCAAAAAUAAAAUAUGAUAUUUCAAACUAUCUGAUAACCAUAAAAAAGAAAAAAAAAACAACUAAAAAAUCUCAGAAGAAUGUAACUGAAGAUGCCACUCUUCUCGUCCUCUCCGUCAUUGUCAAUUUUUUCCCCGAUCUCGUCAUCAUAUGCGAGCUCCGGUCUUUGCGACUCCGACGUACUUGCUUUGGUUACCCUUUGCAGCCUCACUUACGUUGAUGUUAAGCGGAGCAAAGAGCAGUGGCGGAACACAAGCACUAAUGUGAGGGGGGCCGGAACCAAAACUACAAAGCAAACAAGUAUAAACGAGUUUAAUUUUAGUUAAAUUGUAACAUGUCAUAAUACUCUUAUAUUUUUUGGUUAUUAAUACGUUUCCAACAAUUACCAACAAGAUUUGUGAGUCUAGAUAAAUUAACAAUUGACUUAAUUAAUUUUUUAGUAUUUUCUUAUUGAAAAAAGAC